AGAGAGAGAGAGAGAGAGCAAUCGAUAGUGUUUUCUUGAGUGUGGAGGGAGUUGUACGCUGAUCAUUUUGCUCUCUCGCCUGUAAUACCGCCGCCAAGAUGUGUGGGGGAUUCACAUGUUCCAAAAACAGCCUCCUGGCGCUCAACAUACUGUACAUCAUCGUGGCUUUUAUAAUGAUCGGCGUGGCGGCGGGAGCAAACAUGUCUUCAAUUGUCACCUCCCUGUCACUGGUGUCUGCCAUUAUAGCAUGUGCCGUGUUCCUCCUCUUCAUCUCCAUAGUGGGUCUCAUUGGCGCCAGCAAGCACCACCAGGUGAUGCUGUUCUUCUACAUGAUCGUGCUGUUCAUCAUCUUCAUCAUCCAGUUCUCGGUAGCUUGUGCCUGCCUGGCCAUCAAUGAGGACCAGGAGAGACUUGUUGCUGCCAAUGGAUGGCUGGAAGGUGGAUUGCCUAUACAAGCAGAUGCACAGAACUGGUUUAGGUGCUGCGGCUACAACAACAGCGACCUCGGUCUGACCCAGGGAGGCGACCACCCUUCGUGUAAGGAUAUCCCCAGCUGUUGCCCCAACGUGACGGAAGAAUCAAUGUGCUGCAGGUCCCCUAAUGAUUGCCAUUGUGUGUCCUGUGAUAUUCCCAUCAAGCAGGUGAUGCUCAGAGGAUUCCAGCUGGUGGGAGGCAUUGGACUUUUCUUCUCCUUCACUGAGUUCCUGGGCGUGUGGCUCACAGUGCGGUACAGGAACCAGCGGGACCCGCGGGCUAACCCCUCUGCCUUCCUGUAGUGGGGUGGCAGUGGCCCUCUCACUACUCUUACUAACAUAUCAGGUCAUUGGCUUCCUCAUUGCUAAGCGCUUUCGACACCAGGUGGAUCCAAGAGCUAACAUUGAGAGUCUACUGCGAUAAGGAACAAUAGCAAGAGUAGCAGCAGUCCACCUCAUCCAUCCCAUCCACAGCCUCCUAUUCUUCCAUCCCCUCCUGGCCCUCUUCCAUCUCAUCUCCAUUCUCUCUCAACUCUCUGCCUUUUCCUCUCCAUGUACUACUUCCCUGUCCCAAGAAGCCCACCACCAUCACCACUGGCUGGGCAGGUUGUAGGAAGGUCUUGGUCAACCCUUCAUGUUGCCAUCAUCUGUACUAAGUUACUCCGUUGGUCUCUCUCUCUCUCCCAGAUAGAAAGAAGAAUUUGCUCUAUUUUUUAGUUUGUUGUAGCCAUAAGUAAUUUUCUCAGUUUUUCAAUGUGCAAUAUUAUUUAAUGAAGUUUAUCUGCCCUAGGUUUAAAAAUUCUUAAUGCCAUAUCAGAUUUGUAAUGAUAAUUUAACAUGUAUUUGUAUCACACAUACUUACAUAAAUAUAAUUACAUACCUUUUCCAUGCAUUUAUCUGUAUGCAAUUAUGAUGUCAGCAUUGGUUGCAAGAAAAGAAAAAGAGGGAUUCAAAACUCAGAUCAUUGAUCAGUAUUUAUUCCUUAGUUGAUUGCAAUGAAGUCUCAAAUUAGUUACUGCAUCUUGUCAGUGAACACCACACUCUCCAUUACCUGUAAUCCAUGAGUAGUGCUGUCACAGGCAGCUCCCUAGUGCUGACUGGCGGCAGUGUCUCCCAGGCCCCAGUGGUGUCUGUGCUCAGGCUGUCCAUGCUGUGAGGUGCUGUACCUGACUUGUACACUUUCUCUUAUGGUUUUUAGUGGAUCAGUUGGAUAAUGGUUAGUUUAUUAUUGAUGAUCUUCAUUAAUGUUACUUGUGCAUCAGUUGCGGGUAAUGCCAAGUUUCUUCAAUUAUUUGUACUACAAAUAUCAAUGCUAAUACUAAUACUAUUUGUACUACCACUACAACCUACAGCCUGUACUGUUACUUCUGUAUCACUGACUCACUGUGUUGAUAUCUGAGGUUAUUGAGCUUCUUUGUUCAUUGUGUUAGGUAAUGGAGUUUUAUCUCAUGCUGUUCAAUAGAAUUUCUCUGCUUCUUGCUAUAUACAUAAAUGUAAUGUUUUUAUAUCUUUGAACUUCUCCAGAUGUCUCAUCCAAAAGUUUAAAACAGAUUGAAUGAUAUAUGAACAAUUUUAAAACCAGAUUGUAUAAUUUACAGAACUUAACCAGGUGAAAUGAGUUAUGAAACCUAAGCCAGAUUGAAUGUUUUAUGUAGCUAGGAAUCCAAAUUGAAUGAUAUAUGAAACUUUUCAACCACAUUGAACUGAACAUGCUGUAAACCAUUGUCAAUUUUUUGUCCAUGUGUAGCUUUGUUUGAGGAAACGACCAAACACUGGUGUGUUCCGAGUCAUUUGGUAAUGCUGAGGUGGUGAGUACACCUCCUUGAGGAGAUGUAGUGAUCCAUUGUGUAAUGAUAAGAGUUGGUGUGUGUGUCACUGAGCACCACCAAGGAGGUAAUGAAGGUGGCUGUCUUCAGAAGUAUAACAGCUGACACAGGUUGUUUUUGUAAAUUUGUCAUCUGCACCUUUUAAUAGAGGGCAAAUGUACUUGUAGGACAGAAGCUACAGUGCAACAUUAGCCAGGAGUCUGAGUAGUGUGCUGGACUGGAUGUCACAUUUGUAGUUUUAGCCACAACUCACUAAAGAGUCUUGCUGAAAAUAUGCUUUCUGCUCAGUUAUCUGUACUACUGUAUGUUACUUAGGUAAUGACUAGUUUUUUGAGUAGAGAAGAAAUAGAGUUAGACAACCUAUAUGGAUCAAAGUGAAUGUGCCUAAAUGACAUGGAAACUUGGUUAUGUCUCAGUAUAAAUGUGACAAAUAUAUAUUGUUUGUAUCAAGUAGAUGAUUAAAAAUUUUAGAUUGUCAUUAAGUGACCUUGACAGUAUUGUGAAAUAGUUUUGUAUUUUAUCUUUCGUGUGAGCCACAGCAUUAUUCUUUUGGUGAGAGCCAAGCAACACUGCUGCGUGGAAGUGUUCAGGCAAGGGAAUCAAGGAGUUUGUACAAGGUUAAGCUGGCAACCAAAACAUUGACUGGAUCCUUGUUUAUUAUUGGAAGGAGGAAGUUGUAAUGAGAACAUCUUUUAGUCACACAAUGAGCCAGCAACACCAUCAUCUUGCUUGGCAGUGAAGCUGAUUGGCUUCAAGUCAUGGCCUACAUGUUUAGCUUCCUCUGUGUAUCCAGACAUUUUGUAGUACUGUAUGAAGAGGUAACUUGUGUGACUGGUACCUGCCAAAGUGUUGCCAAUACUUGCAUUCCAUGACAUACAUGCCAAUUGUGGUUUGGGUGAAGUGUGAGGCUUCAGGGUAUUGUUGUGAUGUGAUCUGGGGUGUGAUAUCCAACAGUGCAUAAAGGGAACUCACUGUGAAGUAAUGAUUGGUCUUGUGUAUGCUGCUGAUGUGAGCUCCGGUAGAGUAUUGACCUGAAUAUCUUAUCUGAAAAUAAUCACUAACUAUUAGUUUUCCCAGGAAGUAUUUAAUUCUUUAACAUGAUAAGAUAUUAGUGGUGCAUGAAAUCCUUGUAAUUUGCCUAUCACUGCCAGACUGUAUCUCCCAAUUCCCCAUCAUCUUCAGGAGCUCACACACAGUAGAAUGGUGCAAUAAGGAGCAUGGAGCAUAUCACUUAAGCUCCUGCUGCAGUGCAAUGCUGGUGAAAGGCUGUGGUAUCUCUCUGCUGCUGAUGAGGCACUGGGAAGCCUUUUAUCCACAGUUGGGCUUUUGUAGCACUUAACAGUCCAGUGCAGUAUUUUUACCAGUGGUGGAAGACAUGCUUGUCCAUUUCCACAGUAACAGUCCAGUUUGGCAUUUUGAGAAGGUUCAGUGGCUUUGGUUUGGUUUGUCACACUCACCACUUGCUCUGCUUCCCAUCACUGCUCUGCUCACACGCUGCCUAAGCACCUGUACUCUCUAUGUGCCAAUACUGUUUCCUCCUGCUUCUCCUCCCUGUUUGGGGCACGCUGCUUACGCAUUCCCAAGACACUUCAGUUUUCACACCACUGAAAGAACGAAGGACUUGAAUGUUAGUCAGAGAGAAUAGAGAAUAAUGUUUUCUCCUAGCGUUAUCUAGGUUACCCUUUGCAAUAUACAUGAGACAUUCCAUUCUUUUUUUAAGUUACAUGAAUUCCUCUUAACAAUUGAUCCCUGCUAUGAGGACAAUAGUAAUGGCAACAAUAACAGUAGCCAGCAUUAGACUAGACUAGUCCUGCAAUGUACUAUGCUUGUUUUGGAUGGUACAUACAUAAAUAUAUUGUUUAUAUGAAGAGUAUUUAAAGAAGAAAAACAGUAACAAUGCUUCCUGUAGUGUGAUAUGAAGUAGGGGGUUAUACAUGUUGACUUGUUUGUUUGCUAGUUUGUUUGUUGGCCAAUGUUUGCAGUGGUGCUUUUCUUUGCUGUUUUAUUUAUUAUUUUUAAACAUUUCCAUCACUUUACUGGUUGAGGGUUUGAAUUCUUGCUGUGUCUUUCCCUCUGUUGUGUUUACUUGUUUUACAGAUUAAUCUAAGAAACUUGCUUGUUGAAUUUUACUGUUUAAGAUUAGUUUACCCACUGUGUUCUUAUCUUUGGUUAUCUUCUUUCUGACUAGGGGAACUGAUGGUGGCAUGUCUGAUAGUACAGCAGGAAAUACAAGCUUUGAUAGGACCACUCCCUGUAUGUGUGUAUCUGUGUGUGUGUGUUUUGCCCUUUAUCCAAAUCUCAUUGUUCUCUUCUUUAUCCUCAGAACUUGUGAUUUUCUUCCAUUUGCUGAUUAUUUUCUACUCACUUUUCCUUCAAACUUGAGAUAUUUUUUUCACUCAUUUUGGCUCGGUUAUUCUUUUUUACUCAAUAUUUUCACAAUACAUGAAGUUCUUUUGUUGCUCUCUCUUGAUUCUUCUCUUACCUCACAGUUCUUUGCAUUUCACUUGUUCUCUCUCUCUCUCUCUCUCUCUCUCUCUCUCUCUCUCUCUCUCUCUCUCUCUCUCUCUCUCUCUCUCUCUCUCUCUCUCUCUCUCUCUCUCUCUCUCUCUCUCUCUCUCUCUCUCUCUCUCUCUCUCCAAUAUUACCUUUUCUUGUGUCUCAUGUCAUUAUUUCUCAUUUUCCUACUGAUACCUCUCCUUUCUGAUCUCUUUCUUUCCCUUUGUAUUCCUUUUCCCUUAAUUUCCCCCUUUUUGUUCUCUGGUGUUUUUUUCCCUUUUCCCUUUCCUCUUCUCCCCUCCCCCAGUUGCCAUAUUCCCACUAACCACCUCCCACUUCAGGUAGUCUAAUAGAAGAUGCCAUAUUUUGUAAACUGCCAUAAGCUCUCUUUUUUUUUUUCCUCCCUCCCCAGUCCAGGUAGUAAUGUUCUAUGCAAACAACACAUUACGUUGCUCUCUGGU